AUCGAGGGAUCAAAGUCCACAAACGACUCCAUGGGAGCUGGGAUGAAGCAUGCGAGGGAGGAGGAGCCAACCGUGUCGCUAGCGCUGUCCCUCAGCACAGACUCGGCGUCUUCCGACUCGGGCGGCGGUGCGCUGGCCAAGCGCAGGAAGGGCGCCGUGGUGGCGACGUCGGGAGAGGGGGAGUUCGUGUGCAAGACAUGCGGCCGGGCCUUCGCAUCGUUCCACGCGCUGGGCGGGCACCGGACCAGCCAUCUCCGCGGCGGCCACGGGCUGGAGCUCGGCGUCGGCGUCGCCAGGGCAAUCAAGGAACGGAAGAAGCAGCGGCACGAAUGCCACAUCUGCGGGCUCGGGUUUGAGAUGGGCCAGGCGCUGGGGGGACACAUGAGGCGGCACCGCGAGGAGAUGGCACUUAGCGGCGCAAACGACCGGAGGGUUGCGGUGCUGCCGGAUCAGGAGGCGGGGCACCAGACCUCGGCCGCCGACGACCAGCCGCCGGUCUUGCUCGAGCUGUUUGUCUAGGCAGAGCUGGAAAGAAGGAAGAUACAUACGUUUUCUUUCC